GUCAAUCACUUGUCAGUGUUAACUUAGUCAAGGACCGAAGGACUAAUUGAAGACUCUUCUAUAUGCGAGCGGUGAUUUUGUAUUAAUUGUGCAAAGUCUCAGUGCAAACACCACGUCUCGAUUCUCGAACAUACUAUAGUGUCCGUGGUCAUAGUAAUUGCGAGCCUGAGGUGGUGCAGCCUAUAGCUAAUCGGCAGAGGAACGUCAUGGCAUAUUCAGCGUCUUAUUCCUCUCCAGGAUCCGAGUCAUCGAUAUCUGGCAAAUUACCAUAGACGCUGCAGCGAAGUCACUGUCUACUGCUCGCAGAAGGCUAUCAUAUCCUACGGAUACAACAGUUGAUUCGCCCGGUUUAUGACCAUGUCGUUGUAUAUGAUAUAGGCCACCAUGAGGCUUUUUAUCUCGCCCAUACCAUGCACCCAACAUUCAGCGCCAUGUCCCCCGGUUCUGUUGACAUUUCCGAAAUGGGUGGAUCUAAGGCAUACAUUCACGUAUGUCUUGCAAACUACAUGCUAUUUUGUACGUUCCAGGCGCAGGGUCAUGUAUUUCAUCACCUACAUCACGAUGGUUGGCGCUAUAUACGAUCUCAAUAUGAUCUCAAUACCGUCGAAAGAUACCAGAGAGCUUGCUAUGAACCGAGAAGGAGUCAGACUUUCAUCACAGUAGGUACCAGGGCGGGAAGAGUUGAACAAGAGCCCAGUCAAACGGUGGCGCACCGAAUGGAUGCCACUGCAACUCUUGAGGCUACAAGAAGUUUGUCCAUUCUCAUGAGUCAGCAUCCAAGGAUUCUCGGGGUGGAAUUUGUCAUAAUACAGCAAGACGCACGCCAGCCCUCCGCGAAUUUACGUGUAUGUGUAUGUUGGCCGCCGGACCCAUUCGCGGACGUGUACCAAACAUGCCGCAAGCCGUCUAUGAAUAUACAAGCUCCGCGACCGGCCUUUCCUUCAGUAGGAGCCAGCGUGGUCGACGUUUCAGUUCAGUCAAUACGCACCGUACCUACUUCUCCAUCGCCGCUUAGUCCAUACCCAGAACCACCAUCUUCCGGGGGGACUCCAAAUGUACGGACCCUGUUGAGCACCAUGGGAUGUCACCUAUCACAGUGGGUAUUUCACAUCCCGACAUGCUCUUGUUUUCUCUCAGACGUUUCAAGGAUCAAUAAUCUAGAAGACCCUGAAAGAUCGAGCUCACCUUCAUCUACAAAGAUUUCUGACAUCACUGUUUUUGACCUAGACAGUUCAUAUAUUUAUCAACAUUCACAUGAUUCGUCAUGUGUUGUGUGAUCCUUGUGCUUUAUCGUGCUAGUAAUUGAACAGUGUGAGGGUAUAAUUACGUAGUUGCUUGAUCCAGG